ACGCCUUUAGCAUUGCUUGGACACAUCAGCAAUUUGCUAAAUCGAAGUGAUGACCUUGAAAUGAAGACGUGGAAAGUGAUUGGCUGCCUGUUGUUGGUAUGGCUGGGGAUAAUGGUGUACAUGUCCAACAUCCUGUUUCAGUCCUCCGACAGCAACCCAAGUGAUAUUGAACGACAACUCAAGCGAGCACUCCGAGAACUAGAUAAACUUAAAGCCCAAAAUGAUGAAUUCCGUGGUUUAGUGUCCGAUAUAAAAAAUCAGAUUAAAACAGAUGAUGGUGAACCAGCUGUUAGAAGGAAAACGAUAAAAGAUAUAGAAAAAGCUGUUGCUGUAGGAAGCUCAAAAGUUUGUGAAGCCACUGGACCUUCCCUCCUGCAUGAACAGAGGAGACGAAAAAUCGAAAACGAUGUAGUAGAGUUUUGGUAUUACAUGCGAUCUGAACUAAAGAAACUGAAGAGUGUUUCAAAAAGUGAUAUAGUACAUGUAGUGGAUAAAGCCCUUUUAGAUGGAGCAGAUUAUCAAAAGACACUACAUAAAGACUUCCAUGCACUGCGGAAUGUUGACAAUGCUGGUGAACUGAUGAAGAAGGAAUCUCAGGAACUAGGUCAAUUAGUCCAACGAAGAUUUAAAUAUUUACAGAACCCAUCAAACUGUGAUGAGGCUAAGAAGCUGGUGUGUAACCUGAGUAAAGGCUGUGGGUAUGGAUGUCAACUCCACCAUGUCACAUACUGUAUGAUGGUGGCCUAUGCCACACAAAGGACCUUAAUCCUUGAAUCCAGGGGCUGGCGCUAUGCCAGCAGUGGCUGGGAGUCUGUGUUCCUGCCACUAAGUGACACAUGUAGGGACAAAAAGGGAGGCAGUUCCAGACCCUGGGCAGAUCCUGAUAUAAUCCGUGACACCCAAGUAGUGGAGAUGCCCAUUGUUGACAGUCUUCACCCAAGACCAAAUUAUCUCCCCUUGGCCAUACCCAAGGAUCUAUCAGAGAGGCUCAUGCGACUCCAUGGUGACCCGGCAGUAUGGUGGAUUGGUCAGUUUGUGAAAUACCUGACCCGUCCUCAGCCUCGUCUUCAGACAGACAUGGACAAUGCCAAAGCAAAGCUUGGAUUCUCUAAACCCAUUGUAGGGGUCCACGUACGGAGAACAGACAAAGUGGGAACGGAGGCAGCUUUCCACAGUAUAGAUGAAUACAUGAUUUAUGUAGAUGAAUACUAUGACAGGCUGGAGGCCAGGGAACCUGUUCGGACCCGUAAAGUCUACCUCGCUUCAGACGAUCCUUCAGUCCUACCAGACGCCAAGACAAGGUAUCCUCACUACGAGUUUAUAAGUGACUUGGAGAUUACCAAGUCGGCGGGACUCAACAAGCGCUACACUGACCAGUCUCUCCAUGGCAUCAUCAUGGACAUUCACUUCCUGUCUCUGUCUGAUUAUCUUGUCUGUACCUUCUCCUCUCAGGUAUGCCGCGUUGCUUAUGAGAUGAUGCAGACAAUGCAUGCUGAUGCCUCUUCAUAUUUCAAGUCCUUGGAUGACAUUUAUUAUUUUGGUGGACAGAAUGGACACCAAAUGGAAGUUUUAGAAAAGUAUGUUUCAAAACAGCCAAAAGAAAUAGAUAUGGAGCCUGGUGAUUCUAUUGGCAUAGCAGGUAACCACUGGGACGGAUAUUCUAAAGGAAUGAACCGGCGGACGGGAAAGGAUGGAUUAUUUCCAUCCUAUAAAACACAGAGUAAGGUAGUCAUUGUGGACCUGCCAACAUAUUCUGAGGUAGACAGCCAAAACGAUCAGUGAAGGAAAUUCAGUGUGAUGUACUGGUAUUAAACUGUUUGGUUAUGUAAGCACUAUCCUGGGUAGGGUGUCACUCCAUGUGUGGGUAGGUUGGGUGUAGGACAGACUGACUGAUACAGUACUGGUGUACAGAUUGAUACUGUACUAGUGUACAGACUGAUACAGUACUGGUGUACAGACUGAUACAGUACUGGUGUACAGACUGAUACAGUACUGGUGUACAGAUUGAUACUGUACUAGUGUACAGAUUGAUACUGUAAUAGUGUACAGACUGAUACAGUACUGGUGUACAGAUUGAUACUGUACUAGUGUACAGAUUGAUACUGUACUAGUGUACAGAUUGAUACUGUACUAGUGUACAGAUUGAUACUGUACUGGUGUACAGACUGAUACAGUACUGGUGUACAGACUGAUACAGUACUGGUGUACAGAUUGAUACUGUACUAGUGUACAGAUUGAUACUGUAAUAGUGUACAGACUGAUACUGUGCUUGUGGGACAUAGAUAUGUCUUACUUUAUAGUAUUUCCUGGUAGUACUAUGUCAACGACAUUUGCCAAAUUCUGUAUGUAAUACGUUCAUAUCUUGAAAUGACAGGAUAUGUUGGAUACAGAAUUUGGAUGAUGUGUCCCACUACAUACACAGUCCUGUAUUCAUCGUAUACCAAAUCAUGGCCAUAGCUGGGUUAGGGGUGGCUAUGGAUUGCUUGCCUGCUUUGUUACAUAGAUGAACCUAUUCUUCAAUACACACUGAAAGUCAGACAGGACACCCUACUGCGGAACCAACUAACUGUCAGACAGGACACCCUCCUGGGGAACCAACUGAAAGUCAGACAGGACACUCUACUGGGGAACCAACUGACUGUCAGACAGGACACUCUACUGGGGAACCAACUGACCAUCAGACAGGGCACCCUACUGGGGAACCAACUGACCUUCAGACAAGACACCCUAGUGGGGAACCAACUGACCGUCAGACAAGACACCCUACUUGGGAACCAACUGACCUUCAGACAGGACACCCUACUGGGGAACCAACUGACUGUCAGACAGGACACCCUACUGGGGAACCAACUGACCGUCAGACAGGACACCCUACUGGGGAACCAACUGACCGUCAGACAGGACACCCUACUGGGAAACCAACUGACCGUCAGACAGGACACCCUACUGGGGAACCAACUGACCAUCAGACAGGACACCCUACUGGGGAACCAACUGACCGUCAGACAGACACCCUACUGGGGAACCAACUGACCGUCAGACAGGACACCCUACUGGGGAACCAACUGAAAGUCAGACAAGACACCCUACUGGGGAACCAACUGAAAGUCAGACAAGACACCCUACUGGGGAACCAGUAUGCUGAAGCGUGGGUAAAGUCGGUGUGUAAUGUUGGUUUGGCAAUAUUGACUUGCAGAAUGUGUAUUAGGGUAUGGUUAUUUGUAAUGAUUUAAGUGUAUGGAGGGUGUAUAUUGAUAUUUUACUGAUGUAAGACUGUUGUUUGUAUGAUAAAUGGUUAAUGUACUGACAUUACAUUGAGGUUUUGCUGUACCGUGACUACUACUGGUACGUAUACAGAAAAUGUAGUCUCUACACACCAGUGUGUUAAUACACAUCUGUACUGUAUAGAUGUGUACAUGGCAACUAGUUAAUAUAUAUUUUUCUUCCAUUAUGCAGAUUACACUGUGCAAUAUAGACUAAAUAUAUGAAUGUUUGUCAGGAUAUCAUAUCAUCUUAGAAUAAGCUCAGGGCCAACAUGUAACUGUACAUGUGAUUCACAGUAGGGGGUGGGUUUAUUACAGGAUAACGAAAUCCUCUUGUUGGCAUGUUCAUCAACUACAAUUAAUAUGGGUGGGCUUAUUACCAGACAUGGACAUUUCUGGAUAAAUAUGAUUUUUGUCUGUUUUACUAAUGGGUGUUUGUAUAAAGACUAUUAUGCAUAUGUAUAUGUGUAUUAUUUGUAUGGAAUUCCCAAGCUUUCUGCUGUAACAUCAAAUCAGGACAUUGUUUAUACUGUCAGCUGGACUGAUUUUUAUAGAUUAUCCUUCUUUCGCAGAACUUCCAUUUCUUCCAACUAUGUUAUCGACCUCAUUUGAUAAAGUAACAUGGCCUGACAUUGUACUGGCUGUGGAAUUAGUGUUGUAAUAUUGUGCGAGUGUAUUUUGUUAUACCAUAAUGAAAGCUUUUGAUCAUUAUUUUUUCUGUUGUUUAAGAGUUGUUAUAAUUAUGUUGUCCACCCAGUAAUGAGUGUUUAUGGUCCUGUCUCACCGAAAUUCUGUCAUUUGUUUUAUAUAUACUUUAUACUGUACAACGAUCUACUUGUUGUCUAAGUGACAGUCAGUAUGUGAUGACACAACUUUUGAUAUUUUCUUUCUGAAAGAUUUCAUUUUGUCACUUUUAUUAAGCAUCUAUACAAAGUACGGUUACCAGAGUAAUCAAUUUUCUAAAUCAAACUCUCUUCUCUUCAUAUUACAAGAUUAUUUUCUUUCUUUCUUUCUUUUUUUAAAAAAAUCUUUUUAAGAAGUUUCUAACAAUUUGUGCUAUACUAUUAAUAUGAAUUAUAAAUUUAAAUCUUCUUAAAUUAAUAGAGGUUUAAUUUUCAAUAUUAUAUGUUAUGAAGAAGUAAAUUACCAGUAUGAAAAUCAAUAAUAUCUCUUAAUCUUUCACUGUAUGGUAUUAAAACCUAUACAUAUUCAUAAGUUUUGAACGCAGGUAUUUGGUACAAACUCCUAACCCACGAGUCAUACAUGUAUUACAUAUAUUGAUAGUUGGUUUGGAAUUUGUGCCACAUUUUGCCAAGUCCCUGUGAUCUUGAAUACAUUUUGUUUUCUGUCGAAAUGUGUAGAGUCAACAUUUUGUGACCUCCAACUCUGAUGACUCGGAGACCCUGCUGAUAUCGAAGUAAAAAUUCAGUCCCAACCGUAAAGAUACUAUUCACAUGUAUGAAAUGUACUUUGUUUCCUCCAAUACUGGGGAUAACUCAAAGUUUUUUCAUGACUUUGGGAUAAAAAGUUUUUGACUGUAUUUGACAGCUGAUUUCCGUAGUGAAUGAACUUCAUACAUUCCUGGGCCUUUUUGUGUGCACUUUUAUAAUGGUACAUAUAUACUGGUACCUGCUUGUAAAUCCUAAUUAUAUAAACACACUCAUUUAUUGAUCAGUUUAACUUAUUUUGUUGAUGAUAUAUAGUGGCCAACUUGAUAAAAAAGUUAUUUUGCUCUACAACAUGCAUGUACUAUAUUGAAGUGUGAAAUCCCGUUUAACAGAAUGUUUGACUGUGUGUAUUAAGUAUGUACCUGAAUAGACAUUGCUUAGAAACAGAUUCAUUUUUUUUUUUUUUUGCCAAAAUAUUCUCACUAUCUUUAAAAAUGUUAAUACACAGAAUACAUGUAAAUAUAUUUUGUUGGAGCGAGUUACCAAAUCAAAUUCAAUAAUGUAUCUCUUUUUUUUAUAUGAAAUAUAUUUUUUUAUGCAUCUUAGUGAUUAGAGGCUUAAUGAAAUUAUAUGUAUUUCCUCAUCUGACACUUCUAAUGUUCCCUUAACUAAACCUCUUUUAUAAAUAUAUAAUUUUUUUUUCUACAUUAAUGAUUGAUCCAAUCAUAUGCUGCUAUUUCUAUGAGGUACAAAUUUAAAUACAUUUUCUGGUUGGUAGGAUGUGGUUCACCCAAUGUGACUCUUACAUGAUGAGUGAAGUUAUUUUGAUGUUUUUAUGACUUGGGUCAGAAUGAUUUGGACUAGAGUCAACACAGAUUUCUUUUGUCAUUUUUGUCAAUGACAUUUUUUUUUUUUUGCCAACAAACACUUAUUUCCACCAAAACUUUUGAAAGCCAUAUUGCAUAUUGAUGAAAGCCAAUUACAUGUAUAUCAACAUAGUUUCCUUUCGUGUCAAAUAUUUGAAAUCCUGAAUAGAAAUCAGACUUUGUUCUAGAGAUUUAAUUAUGCUCAGACCAGAAAUCGGACAUUGUUCUAGAGAUUUCAUGUUCAGAACAUCACAUGUUUUCAUCUCUAAUAGAAGAAUAUUUUUUUCUUGACACAAGAAACCUUGAGUACAUUAUAGGACUAUUGCUAUAUAGGGGGUAGCAGGGAAGUAGUUUUAUUUUCCACACAUAUGAUAUUAAUAUUGAUACUAAUAUCAUAUAUAUCCUUAAAUAAACGCCCUUCCUCAAUGUUAAAGUUUAGUAUUGAAUUCUUGCCAGGGCUUAAUUGUGAACCAUGUUAAGCUUACUGAAAAUAGGCCUACAUGUAUUUGGAUUUUAAAAUCAAUAAACCUGAAAAAAUGAAGAAGGGAGUUUAUUUGUAGGCAGGGUAGUAUUUUGGAUAAAUGUGAUAGUCAUAUCAGUACACUAGGUUGAUUUGAGAUAGUGCUGUUUUUUUGCAUUGAUGUGAAAACUAUGAAACUGGUGCAUUAACUAGGAAACUGGUGCAUUGGUUGCGAGUUCGAAACCCAUGUGGGUCAGUUGCCUGGUACUGACCGUAGGCCGGUAGUUUUUCUCUGGCUACUCCGGCUUUCCUCCAGCUCCAAAACCAGGCACGUCCUAAAAUGACCCUGGCUGUUAAUAGGACGUUAAACAAAAUAAACCAAACCAAAAGCAUUGGUGAAAGGGCUGCAAGACCUGCAGUGACAUUUUGAAUCAUCUACAAAAAAUAUAAAAUAAUUCUACCGCAAAUUUCUGUACAGAGUACAAGCUACCUUUUAAUUUUUGUAUUCAUUAUGUUAUGUAUAUUGUAUUAUAAAUACAUUUAGUUUUAAUUUAUUGAUGUUUGAAAGUUGAAAUUGUUAUUUACUAAUUCAUUGAAUCCAAAUACAUAUUGUACAGAUUGUAAUAUAGCUGAAUUUUACAUGUACAUAUGUCAUUUAUACCUCAAUAUAGAAUAGAAAGAAAGUUAUUUUGAGUGAUUGAAAUCAAACAAUGAGGACAAGAAUUAAUCCAUGGAUGGCAUUGUGUCUGAUAGUGGAUUGUUGUGUAGUCGUGCAAGUGAAUUUAAAACUGAUCGUUUAAAAGUAUUAGAAAAUAUAUGAAGACGUAAAUGGCACAUACAUGUAGUAACAUACUGUUUCAGUAAAUGGAUUUAAAGAUAGAAUUUAACAGAAAGUUAUCAGUAGGUAUUUGUUUGUUGUCAACAAGUUAAAUGUUUAAAUAAGUCAAAAGGUCACACAGGGGAUUGGGUGGGGGUGGGGGGAGGUGGGGGUAUUCUUGUUUUGUAACCACUUGUAGGAAACUAAUAUGGUAAACAAAUGGAUGGACUUUGGAUGGUCAAACCGCACUUUGCUCAUUCUUAAUACACAGCUGUAGUACACAAGUUAUGCAUUGCCCCAUCGACUGUAUGUACAAGCUUAUCUGUGAUCGUCAAUAGAGGGUACAAUUUCUACUGUUUGGAAGAUUUUCUAAGUAUUAUUUUUGCAAAGGAGUCAACAAAAUAAAAGUAUUAAAACGGAGAACAAUCAUUCCAUUAAUAAGCUUUUGAUUUUUUAGUUUUUGAAAAAAUAUUUUAUACACUUUAUUGACUCGUACACACGUACACUCUCUUGUCAUGAUACAUGUACAAAUAAAUACACACUAUACUCUUACCAUAUUUAUCCUCAGAUAAGCCCUGUUCCCUAGUUUAAAAUUUCAAUAUUAAUGUUUGGUUAUUUGUGAACCACAUUUAGCUUCCUGUUUUAAAAUUAAUGAUUCUGCAAAAAUGAAGUAGAGGGCCAUUUUGAGGGCAAAAGCUUGUUUGUGGAUAAAGCAUACAGUAAUUUUGCAAUUUCAUCAGCUCAUUGUUGUCACACUCUAUCUAGUAACAUUGCUCACAAAGUGACAGCACUCAUGGAUAUGGUGAAGUAGUAACACAUCCAGUCAACCAUCAUACAUCUUACUUCAUUUUAGUUACAUUGUCAUCAUUAAUGGGGAGACAUUGUCAUCGUUGAUAGGGAGACAUUGUCAUCGUUGAUAGGGAGACAUUGUCAUCAUUAAUGGGGAGACAUUGUCAUCAUUAAUGGGGAGACAUUGUCAUCGUUGAUAGGGAGACAUUGUCAUCGUUGAUAGGGAGACAUUGUCAUCAUUAAUGGGGAGACAUUGUCAUCAUUAAUGGGGAGACAUUGUCAUCAUUAAUGGGGAGACAUUGUCAUCAUUAAUGGGGAGACAUUGUCAUCAUUAAUGGGGAGACAUUGUCAUCAUUAAUUGGAGACAUCAUCAUUGUUAAUUGGCAGACAUUGUCAUUAUUGAUUGGGAGACAUUAUCACCAUUAAUGGGGAGACAUUAUCAUCAUUAAUUGGAAGACAUAAUCAUUGUUAAUUGGCAGACAUUGUCAUCAUUAAUGGGGAGACAUUGUCAUCAUUAAUGGGGAGACAUUGUCAUCAUUAAUGGGGAGACAUUGCCAUCAUUAAUGGGGAGACAUUAUCAUCAUUAAUUGGAAGACAUUAUUAUUGUUAAUGGGGAGACAUUAUCAUCAUUAAUGGGGAAUGGUAAAAUAGUAACCUAGUUUAUGUUCAUACAUACAGAUUGAUUGUGGUGUGGGGUGCUAUGGUAGCAUGCUGAUUAAUUUGAAUCUUUCACUAAUGAGAGUGUGUGACAAAGAAUAUCUCAACUCAAGGUCUGAGAUUCUUGAAAGUCUAACCUGAGACUCUGCUGAAGGUUUCCUUUUCAUGAUCCUCGCCCAAAGAUUGAGAUUAAAUUGUUUGGGAAAUGAUUAUUUUUCUCCAUCUAUUUCCUCCAAAUUCCCAUGUUGUUUUCUGAACGAUUUCCACUUGUUUGUAAAUAAAUGCACAAGGAUAUCAUAUGGAUAUCACCUGUAAAUGCAAUUCGCUGCACACUCUGAAAAAAUUUCAUACCGAUAACAUAUGACAAGAGAAUAUAGGUCUCUAACAAUUCUCUUCUAUUCAUUAAAAAUGAAACAUUCUGUUACAAUUUUAUAUUGUUCUAUGGAAACCACAUUACUGAUAGUGUUGAUACAUGUCUUAAAAUGUAUCUCUGUUGCCAUAAAGCAUUAUUCAAAUACAUAGGGAAAUGUUGAGGAAAAUAGAUACAUACUUUCUCAUUGAUACUACUGACAUAUUGCGAUGUGGCUCACUCCUGGAUCAGGAAGUCAGCGUGUGCUAUCUGUCCUGCCCUUUAGGGGUUGAUAUAGAAACAUUUUAUGGCUGAAUUUACUGACAAAUGAAUGAUUGGAGAAAUAAGUAUGUAUGUGACGUUAUGUGUUCACUCAAACAUUGGUGGUGUAUAUAUGAAUUGUAUAUUGAUUUCAUCUGAUAGCAUCAUGACAAUGCUAGAAUAUAUUAUUAUAUUAAAUCGCUGUAUAAACAUGCUAUUCCAUAAGAGUAUUUGGUCGGUGUAUUGUCAAAUGAAACUUGUAUUUAUUGUUGUAUCAUGAUUGUGAGACGAUAUAAGAGUAUUAUACUAUAGUAAAAAUAGAGAUAGGAAUGAUUUGUAUAAAAAAAGAUGCGUUGUAUAGUGACAUAAAAUGACAAAUCUAGUACAUUUUAUGUAUGGCUUCAUGCAGAACGAUAUCAACAUCAUAUUUAAACAUUUUCGCAAUUCAGGGCGGCAUAAAGCUACAAUAUACUUAUUUUUAUGCUCUUUAUGGGAGUCAACUCCAGUACAAUGGAACAUAAACGACUAAUGAGAAGGAAUGAACAUCCCUGUUACAAGAUACCAAAAAGUCUCUUUUAUAGAGAUUUUAUGUGUAUGUAAAGGGCAACAGGUUAAGGACUGUCGUUUCUCCUUGGGUAGAAUUUCAGUCUAGAGACAUUCUGAAAAAACUUCAUAAAAAUUGUAUAUAUGUUACCAUGAGGGCAUAAAAUUACUGGCGGUAAUUGCUUGUUCUAACAUGUUGUACAGCAAUCAAAGGGCCAACUUGAAUACUGAUUUUCUGUGCCGUCAUUUACUACUCAAUAUUUUAUCAUUUUCAUUGAAUUGGAGUUCAAUAUAUAUUUACCAAUAUUGGUCCGUCAUUUGGCAUAAAAUGGUGCUAUUUGAUGUGUAAGUGGUUACACAGCAGUCAUUAAAUUUUCCACACCACUAACAUUUUUCCAUAGUAAAGGAUGGUGUCAUAACAACCAUUUUUUUAUUGAUUUCAUCUUCAUGUUUAUCUCAAUUACUAUAAAGACUUGAGGAAAAAAAAACCCAAAAAAACCAAGUAUUUUUGUGAUCAUGUUCUAAUGAUCACUUUGCAGGACCAGGUUGUAUCAUUUACUAAAAUCAUUCUUAACUAAAUGAUACCACAACACAAGUUUGUAGAUUAAUUUUGGAAAUGAUACAUAGAGAAUGAGUAUAUCCUUGCAAUAAUACUCACAGAAAAUCAUAAUGAAUCUAAAAAUGAAGUAAAUAUCCUGAAUUACAUGUUGUUAUGGUAACAAUGUUGGUACAUUUUGUUGUGUAAUAGUCAUGUGCAUGUUCUGCUGAGUACAGCAUCAUUAAUAUUCAUUCCACUUUAUACCCGCCCCUAUAUAUAUCCCCACAGUCUUGUGUUCCAUUUAAGUAUUGGGUUGUGUUGUUUUGUAAAAGACUUCUACUAAAGUAAAUAUUUAAAAAAAAUUCUUCAUGGAUAUGCAUGUAUAAAUUCUUUUUUCUUUUUUAUUAAAAUUCCUUUUUUUUUCAUUGCAAUUCAAUUUUUAUUAAAAUUCAAUUUUUACUUUAAUCAUAAUUUUUGCACUUCAACAAUUACAAUGUUGUGAAGUUAUAAUAUACAUGGCAUUUCUUUAAAAAAAAAUUGAGAAAAAUGACAUAUCAAAAUUUCAAUGAUGCAUGUUUAAUUAAGACCCAGAGGGACAAGACAUGAACCUUGACUUAGUAAGUAGGAGAAUGGGCUUACUGUUGAACAAUGAAAUAAAAACAUGUACCUUAUAUUGGCAUUUGUACUGAUAAGAAGUGUAAUAGAUGACGAGUGGGCUUAACAUGGGUAUUUUGCCAGAUAAAUACGGUAGUUAAUAUCUGGGCCAUUUUCCUUUAUUACAUGGACCCGAGUUGUUCGUUUAUGAAAUAAAGACAUAGCUUGAGAUUUUAUGUUGUUUCUGAUGAGCCUUUACAUAGAAUUUCAAGGCCUGUAUUGACAUCUGCAGGUCUGACAAGAUCUAUACCUGAAAUAUUCACAUUUAAUAACAGAAAAACCAGGUUGUCUGCAAAUUACUACCAAAUUAACAUUAGAUGAUACAGAGCCGUACUUUCUUGUGUAAAUGGCUUGUCCUGCAGCUAUGAUGAAAACUUUAACACAACUUGGUUUGAUUAUUGAUUGAUGAAUGGUUCUAUGACCCACACGAUGUUGAAUUAUGUUUGCUUCAUGGAAGAUUUACAUCGAUUGUGUACAGCCAUUAAUUGUUUAUACCGGUUAUGUCGCUGCCCUUCGGCAUUCAGUAUUCAAUGGUACAUAUACCUGAUAACGUAUGUAUAGUAUACUGGUAUUAAUGAACCUGAGGCUGUGAUCAGAAAGCCGUUAAAAGUAUUUUCAGUAUACACUAUGAUGGACGUGGGAAUAUAAAUGUAUUGCAGAAGACCUUUGUUUAGUUUACAAUAUGUCUUAAAAGCUUUUUUCUAUUUGAAAGAAUUUUCUCUAUGAAUGAAAGUGAUACAUGUUAUAUAUUAUUUUAAUAAAACUGCAAAUGUGUAUAUGACUGUGA